AUGGAGAACCAGGAAGAAUCUUGCGAUAUCCAGCAUGCUGCUCCAUUCCAGAAUAUCAUACCUAAACCAUACAUACAUAUCAAAGAGACUGAUAGCCGUGAAGAUGCAGAAGAAAAGUUGAUGUCCACCAUGAAGGCCUUGGAACAAAAAUACCAGUCAUUACAUGUACUUGAUGUGAUAGACAAACUUGGAAACACAACGCAAAGUAAAAAUGUUCAUAUGGGUGACAUUUUGACUCGGGAACGUUUAUGUGUCGGCUUGUCUAUGUUUGAUGUAAUUCUGAAACGAGUUCAGACGUUCUUUGACGACCCUGUGUGGCAUGGCCCUACUCCGGCAAAUGGUGCAAUAAGUGUAGAAGAUAGCAUAGAGUUUCACAGACUAUGGAGUGCUGUACAAUAUGUGUUCUGUGUACCUGUCAGGGAAACAGAACAUACUGUAGAGGCAAUGUUUGGAGACAGUUUGAACUGGGCUGGAUGUGCAAUUAUUGUGUUGUUAGGGCAACAGAAAAGAUUUCAGGCUCUGGACUUCUGUUACCACAUCCUGGAACUUAAUAGACUGGACAAACAGGAAGAAACUGUAGAGGGAAUUCAUCUGAAGAAAAUGAUUGACCGGAUAUGGAAAUUUAAGCUGUUGAAUAGUCAGAUAUUUGAUGUUUUGAACAAAUAUUUGAAAUCCUGGACCAUUAGUGGAAAACAACGCAUACACUGCUUCGAGCCGCCGAAAUUUGAAUCUCAGCCAAACCAGGACGAAUCUCACAAACUGCAGAACUCAAUGUAACAUCGAAGCUAACUGAAAACAAGACAAAAUUGUCGGUAUAGUGUUUGCCGACAAAACAGUACACUAACUGUCCAUAACUUUUACUCAACGUUAUGUAUUAUCACUAAUUAGGGGUCUAAAAGUGUCUAUUUUUGUCUUUUCUAGGAAAUAUUUGUUUUUAAUUUGGUGAAGUUUAUCAUAAAUUGGAGCUGUGCAGAUGACAAACUGAAAACUGCACAAAUGGAAAAUGGUCACAGAUAUUGUCAAGAUCUUAUUACUAGUUCAAACAUGUCAUAUUACUAUUAUCAUUAUACCAGAUUUAUAUGGCACCCUUUUCAUGAUAAACAUGUUCAAAGGUGCUUUAAAUAUAACAAACGCACACAUGGCGCUAAAUUUAUCCUCUACUAGUACAGACACAGAGCGCUCUGACCAGAGGGACAGAGUGAGAUAAAGCACCCAGAACAGAGGAGAGAAAUCCUUUUUAGAUACAGGCCUAUCCGGCUAACUUAGUCUAGCUCUUUGCAAAUAGAGUCUGGUUAUUUAACGUGCCCAGUGUAUAGCACCGAUACACGCGAAGCCGUCUUUGCUGGGGAGAACCAGUACAGGCCUGUUAGUUAGGUUGGAGACACUCAAGAGCAUCUUGGAAAUUUCCAGUGUCCUUGAUAUUGACAGUAUCAUAUUGUAUUACGAGUGAACCAACAUUUGAUUUUCAUUACUCUUUUUUUUCUCUUUCUUUUUGUGUCAUUUGAGGCAGGUCAUCUGGGACAGUUAAAACGGUUUGUGAUUUGCAACAUACAAUAUCUAGUAUCGUAUAUGAUAUGAAAAGAACAUUAAUAUUGUAACAGAAUCCCAUAAAUUCAGUUGUCUGCGCUGAUAGCAGAUAUUAAACGUAUACUAGACCCAAAUUCCAUAUUUGAAAAUAUGAACAUGUAUUACAUACAGUUUAUGUAAACAAACAAUUAAUAAGUUUAUAUGUAUUUAAAGUAAUAUGCAUUAGAUUAAAAAAUUCAAGCUUCAUGUAUAGCUGAACACAGUAUUGAUAUGUACUACCAUACCUCUAAAAAGCUGGUGGUUUUUAAACAGUCGACUGUUACUGCAUGCUAUUUAAUUAUGACUGUAGAUCUACAUACACAAUUGAUUUACAGAUUUAGUAAAUUUGAAUACAGUUGUUGGGGAUUUUCUUUUCUACAUGAAGUAAAUAUCUUAAUCUCAAGUCUCUUGUCAUUAGCGAAAUGGUCAGAGCGAGGGGCCAUGUGGCAACUAUGUCUGGAAAAUAAAAAAAAUGUAUCCGCCAAUAACAAGACAGUUUAUGAUUUAGUUAUCAUUGCCGGCAGCUUUAUUUUGAAAAAUGUGCAUAUCAAAAGAAACCAUACAUGUUUUCAGUUGCCGUAAUUUAUUUUACUCCCUGGAUGCUUUGGAUUGGCCGUGUUUAAAUAUAUAAUUAGACACGCCCUCUAUAAUAAAUUCUGGUUCAUGUAAAACCAUUUCUUUCGAACAGAUAUUUACACUUGUUUUGUUUGUAUACAUUCACAUGACACACUUUUGUUUGUAUAUAUUAAUAUUAUAUGACAGAAAUGUGUAUAGAUUGCACUAAUAAAAUAUUCUGUCUGUCUUACCUGACAGUGAAGAAGUUGUUAAAUACAUGUAUAUUUCAUGACAUCAGAAAGUGUUUUACUGUCUAAUAAAAUAAAUUAUAUUCACUUCUUAA